AUGCACUCCGCCGCCGCCGCCGCCACUGCGUCUCCGACGAUGCACCCGACCCCGGUUCUGCUGACGGCGUUUGCCGCCAUAGCGAUGCUGCUGCAGGCUCCAGCGGCGCACGCGGGCAUCGUCGGGCUCAUCCAGAACAACGUGUUGGGCUCGGCCCAAUUCCACAAGCAACAGUCGUGGCCGUUCGACCCGGACGUGAGCGCCCGCCGGACACACGAGUUCGUCGCGCUGCACGGCGACAAGUCCGAGAGGCUGAUCGAACGCAUCGGCCUGGGGCUGGACGGCAGGCAGGAUGAGCGCCGGGAACAGCAGGCGGUCAGGGACAUCUUGUACGACCGGCAGCAGCGAUACGGCGAGCAGCAAGCUUCCGGUGCUGGCGGCGGCGGUUACCACCACCAACGAUUGCAGCAACCGUUCCAACCGGUGCAGGCGUAUCCGGCCGGUUACUCGCGGAGACGAUGA